GUGGGUCGCGCGCUCACCGGCUUGGUGCUGUGCGCCCUGAUCGUGUCCACGCUGCUGGGCAACACGCUGGUGUGCGCCGCCGUGGUCAAGUUCCGCCACCUGCGCUCCAAAGUCACCAACUCGUUCGUCAUCUCGCUGGCCGUGUCCGACCUGUUCGUGGCCGUGCUCGUCAUGCCGUGGCGCGCCGUGUCGGAGGUGGCGGGCGCGUGGCUCUUCGGCCGCUUCUGCGACACGUGGGUGGCCUUCGACAUCAUGUGCUCCACGGCGUCCAUCCUCAACCUGUGCAUCAUCAGCAUGGACCGCUACUGGGCCAUCUCCAGCCCCUUCCGCUACGAGCGCAAGAUGACGCGCCGCUUCGCCUUGCUCAUGAUCGGCGUGGCGUGGACGCUGUCCAUCCUCAUCUCCUUCAUCCCGGUGCAGCUCAACUGGCACCGGGACGCGGCGGCGGGGGCGGCGCGCGCCAACUCCGACCGGCCGGACGACUGCAACGCCAGCCUGAACCGGACCUACGCCAUCGCGUCGUCCCUCAUCAGCUUCUACAUCCCCGUGCUCAUCAUGGUGGGCACGUACACGCGCAUCUUCCGCAUCGCGCAGACGCAAAUCCGCCGCAUCAGCUCGCUGGAGCGCGCGCCCGCGCCGCACGAGAGCGCGCUGAAGAGUUCCUUCAAGAGGGAGACCAAAGUGCUGAAGACGCUGUCCGUCAUCAUGGGCGUGUUCGUCUUCUGCUGGCUGCCCUUCUUCGUGCUCAACUGCGUGGUGCCCUUCUGCCAGGCGGCGGACUGCGUCAGCGACACCACCUUCAGCAUCUUCGUGUGGUUCGGCUGGGCCAACUCGUCGCUCAACCCGGUCAUCUACGCCUUCAACGCCGACUUCCGCAAGGCCUUCUCCACCAUCCUGGGCUGCAACCGGCUGUGCUCCGCCUCGGCCGUGGAGGCCGUGGACUUCAGCGACCAGCUGGUGUCCUACCACCACGACACCACCGCGCCCAAGGAGGCCGCCGCCGCCGCCGCCGCAGGGCCCCGGCGCCACCGCUUUGACCAAGUCUCGGCGGUGUCGGACGACUCUCGGACCCGCGCCGACCCGCCGCUGCCCGCCGUCCUGCGGAGCGAGGCGGACAUCUCUCUGGACAUGACGCCCUUCGGUGACCCCUACGGCGUCCCGGGUCACGUGCAGGACCCGUGA